AUGAAUAAUACUGAAGAUACCGUAUACAUUCCUAUUCCACAUUAUCCACCAUUCAAGCUUCGAUCAUCUUUAAUUGAUAAAGAUCCGGUCAUAUGGGUGCAUUUACUUGAGGCCUACAUUCAUCUCAUGACAGUUUUACUCGACCCAGAAACCCCCAAAUUGACUGUUAAGUCACAAAAACAAUUGCAAUUGUUUUUGAAAGUAUUCUUAUUUGAAACAUGUGAAGAAGAAAGUAAAAUCUUCUCUUUGGGUGCCAUUAACCCUGAUAUUAAAAAGAAUACGAGUAUAUUAAAAGCGUAUGUUUUCCAAUUGAUUAAAAAAUAUAGUUUUGUCAAAUUGAAUUUAACUGGAGAAGUGAUUUGGAAUUUCACAAAGAUCUAUGCCCCGAAAAAUAUCAGUACUGUAAGAGGACUAAUUGACGGUACUUUUAAAUCAGAGUUUAACGACAAUAAAAAAUCUGGGAAUAUAUCUUCUAUUUCGUCGGUACAAAAACACUUAGACUCACUUGUAACUAAUGGGAAAUUUACCAAGAAUGAAGAUCUUGUGAUAUUAUCUAUGUUGUUGGGACAAAACACUACUAGGACAAGUACAUUUUCUAUGGGAUCGAACAAAAGUGUCAACAAGAAGCGAAAUCGAUCAUUGCCUUUUGCAGAGAAUUUCGUUAAUGUCCCAUGGAUAGAGUUAUUAGAAAAGGGGUAUGCCAACGGUAAAAGUGUCAAUGCUGGUAUUAUAAAGGACAUUAUGAUUGUAUCUAUUAUUUCACUCUCGACAGGGAAAUUGGCCACUUUGACAAUGAAUUUGGGAAUCACUUCGAUUGCUGCAUUUAAUGUUUGUCCCUUGUUUAGCUCAAUCAUUAUUUCUGAACCAUAUAAGGAAUUGAUUCCUAAUUUGGAAGAAAAGUUGCCAUUCUUGAGAAAUAUCAAUAUCGAUGAGGAUGGCAGUUAUGAUGAUGACGAUUUGGACGGUUACGAAGAUAAUAUCGAAGGUAUUUCGAUUUUAGUUGAUUUAUGGCCUAAUAUGACAGAAAGAAAAGCCAAAAUCAUACUCAAGCAACAUAAUGGUGAUGUAGAGCACGUUACAAAUUUAUUACUAGAGAAUCCGGAGUUGAUCGAUAAGAUUGAAAUACCGAAAAGGGCCAACAACAGUACAGCUUCUAAUAACAUUAAUACCAAAACUUUUACUGGAUCUUACAAGAUCUUUUCAGGAAAAAAGAAAGGAAAUCUCAGCAAUAAUGUCAAGCUCAAUGCUCCUAGUGCUGAUUUAAAGAAGAAAACAUUGGAAUCUGCACUUCGAUUGAUGUAUCAGAGCGACGAAGACGAACCUGAUGAUACUUAUGACGAUCAGGAAAAGACUGCUGGUGUAUAG